ACUCGUUGCCAUUGUAGAUCCUAGCUUUACAAGUGAGGCAAAGUCUAUCCUCUUCCAGAAAGGUGUCUCAGAGGAGCAUCGAGGCUGCAUGCAAUACGAAGAACAUCCCAGAAAUCACGAAGCUAACAAAGAUGAACUUGACCCCAAUGUUUGAGCUCGCGACUCGUGUGGCCAACGAUGAAAAGCAGCGCCUGGACCUGUUCGGCGACACUCUCAAACAGAUUAAGGAACAGAUUCAUUUGAAGAUGAAGCCAUUGGCGCCGAUCGCGAAUAAGGAGCUUGCGCGAGAGCAACAGGAAGCCCGGGAAAAGGACAUCGCGGCACUAUAUAAAAACCAGUUGGACGGCGACCAAGGCGAACACAAUCACGCUCCUUGGCUUCCAUUGGAAGAUCCACAAGAUGAAGGGGAGAAGGAUGGGACGGAUGUCGCCCAGAAGGAUGUUGUUCAGAAAGAUAUUAACCAAAAGGAAGUCGGUCAGAAGGAUGUCAAUCAUAAGAAUGUCGCUCAAAAGGACAUCGCUCAGGAGGCCUCCGAGCAGGAUACAGCAAAUUCAGGAAAAGCCAGUGGUAGAAAGAUGGAUAAAGCGCAGGCGCACACCCCAUCGUCCCGAACCCCAUUGAGCCGGGCGGCAAAGGAUUCACGUAAAGAGACGACUACAUCAUCAAAGCCAUCGUCGGAUCGGACAACUAGAACUGCAGAUAAGGAGGUCGUCACCACACGCUCGAACUCAUCACCAAGCAAUAUGACAAAAGAAACAAUCAGAAAUGCCACCACAACGCCAUCAAAGGCAUCAUCGAACGAUACGACAAAGGACGCGGACAAAGAGACCCCCGUUACCUUGACAAGGAAACGACCGUCAUUAGACCGGGCGGCUAAGGACAAUGUAAAGAGAGCUAGGUCAGGAGAAGCAGCUUCGGACUCCGACUUCGACCUGGGUGAUGAUCUACCAGCACCAGUGUCAGAGAAUAUCGAGCAUGACCUCAUCGAUGAUUCCAUAGAACCAUCUGAGGUGUCCGACUCGGUAAAUAAACAGCGCAUUACGGACGAGGCUUCUACGGGAACCGAUGCAGCAGCAGCACCUACUGCAACCCCGACUGGCUCAACAGACAUACACGUCCGGAAGAAGACCCGACAUUGGUCACACGCAGAAGAGGAGCGGCUACAGGAACUGGUGCCUCAAUUUCUUUAUAAGGAGGGAGAGGCCAAGAAUAAGAAGAGGACCAUCAAGUGGGCCAAGCUGAAGGCCCACGAUCAAGCGUAUGGAGACAUCCUCAAGCACCGGACUCAGAUCAUGCUGAAGGACAAAUACCGCGACUUGACAGACGGUGGCCAGCAUCGAAAGUUCGUCAGUGAGUUAUACCGCAAGCAACGGGAUGUCAGCAAAACGCAAGAAACGGAGUAAUAAGGCACUAGGACUACAUGACACGUAGCGUAUAUGUCCUGCCUCUAGUUGCCAUCUAUAAUUCUCCUCUCAUAAAUAAUAAAGCCCUCGAAUUCAGGAACUUCUGAAGUCCUGCCCUUCCAAUGACACCUGAUUUCAACAUCAAGAAUCGUUCAUGGACAACAACAAAGCGGCCACAUCACUGACAUCGAGAAAUGACCUGGCCUCACAGCUAGCGUCAUUCGACUCGAUUCUU